CACAAGCAGCUGCGGGAGAAGAGAGGUAGAGAGCCUCGGACCUGCCCAGUCCCCUCUCGAAGGUUCCGGAGUUUGGAGAACUGCGCCCUCCUCGCCCUCUCUGCGCAGGGAAGAUGCUGUCCUGCCGCCUCCAGUGCGCGCUGGCCCUGCUCUCCAUCACCUUGGCGGUGAGCGGCGUCAGCGCUGCUCCCUCGGACCCGAGGCUCCGCCAGUUUCUGCAGAAGUCUUUGGCCGCCGCAGCAGGGAAACAGGAACUGGCCAAAUACUUUUUGGCAGAACUGCUGUCAGAACCCAGCCAGACAGAAAAUGAGGCUCUGGAGCCCGAGGAUUUGUCCAACGAUCCCGAACCAGAUGAGAUGCGGAUGGAGCUUCAGAGAUCUGCUAAUUCGAACCCAGCCAUGGCACCCAGAGAACGCAAAGCUGGUUGCAAGAAUUUCUUCUGGAAGACUUUUACCUCCUGUUAGUUUUAGAGUAUUCUUGCCCAUUUCAGACCUCUGAAUCCCCUCCUCCAACCCCCCACCUUAUUCCCCAGUUCCCUGAAUCCUCAGCAAGAUCAUCACAAUGAGAGCAAAUGAUUGUAAAUAUAAAAUAAACAGUCAUGGUGAAAUUUAGAAACAAUCAAAUUUGAUUUCAGAUUGUUUUAUUAAAUCUUUCCAUUUUAUAGCUUGGUUUGUGAUUCCAAACUAGUUCUUUACAGUAUACAUUCCACUUCUCACAGAUGUACUAUUUUAAUUCUUUGUCACAAUAAAGCUUAUGUUUUAAAUUGUAACCCUCAUAUUUUGAUGAUUUACAAUUGAAUUUACUUUUUAAGGAGAGAAAGCUAUGCCUUUAAACUUGCAUAUUUGGAGGAUUUCAGAUGGGGAGUUGCAGCAAAUAUCCCCCGUAAAUAAGAUACCCCAUUUCAAAUUGUGUUUCCUUGUCGAGCUUGAUGUUUGUAUUUCUAGGUAGGCAUGCUUGAAUACACACCUGUCUGCCAAGCUGUUAUGUGAAAUAUCCAAUGUUCAAAAUAUAAGAUGGAUCUGCUUUGGAGGUCUGGGAACAGAACUUGACUUGUGUAGUUCAAAUAAAAUUCUGCACUUUCAAA